AUGAAUAGCAAUUUUAACAUAAAUAUUCAAGUUGAUGACUCAGCUCUCAACAAAUAUGAAGCUGAAGUAAAUGGCUAUUUCGCAAAACUGUACACAGGAGAAAUUACAGUGAAUACAAUGAUAGAUAUUAUGAAAAGUUUAUCAUUCUCUCCUAAAGGAUCAAAAAAUAAUGAUGUGUAUAAAUCGAUGUUACUAAUUUUAUUCAAUGAGUGUAAAUUUUUUCCAAAAUAUCCGACAGAAGAAUUAGAUACAACAGCUCAGUUGUUUGGACAAUUAAUAAAGCACAAUUUAUUAAUAUCUUAUGGCAAUGCAUUAGUCAUUGCUCUAAAAUGUAUAUUAGAAGCAUUAAAAAAAGAAAAUGAUUUGAAAAUGUUUAACUUUGGAAUAACCGCAUUAGAACAGUUUGAAGAUUCUUUAAUAUGUUACCCUAGUUUUUUGUUUUCCUUAAUAUCCAUAACCAAUUUAAGGCAGUAUAAUCCACAAUUUGUGAUUCACUGUAACUACUUGUUGAAUACACUCCCAGAACACUUUAGAAGUUUACCGUAUAUAGAUGCAUCUACAAUAUUAAAAAUUAGGCAUCUUUCCGAAGUUGGUUCAAACAAUAAUUUUCUGAACACAAACACAUCACAGUUGUCUAACGAUGAUAUCAAGAAAUUGUCUUCACUUAAUGUAAGUAGUUUAAAGAAUAUAAGCAAUUUCAUUGCAAACGUUUGCAGUAACAACAGUAACAAUAACAUUAACAAUAACAGUAACAACAACAACAUAAAUAAUAAUAAUACAAUGGUUGAUAAUAUGAAUGGCAAUAAUAACAUUAGUAGGGGAAGCAGCUUCAGCAGCAAUAACAACAACAGUAAUAAUAAUAAAAGCUUCACCAAUGUGUUAAGUAACUUGCUUAAUAAUAAUAGUAGCAGUAACACUAACAGUAACAUUGACAAUAACAAUCCCAGUAGUAACAUAAGUAAGGACAAUAUGUUACUAUACGUAAACGAUAUAUUACCAAAUUGCACAAGUAUUGGGCAACCUACGCCCCCCAAUAUGAACAACAUACAUUCCGUAAGUAUAAAUGACUAUGCAAUAAAAAAUAAAAAUAUGAAUGAUAAUUUAAAUAGCAAUAUAAACAUGAACAGUAGUAUUAACAUGAACAGUAGUAUUAACAUGAACAGUAGUAUUAACAUGAACAAUAGUAAUAACAUGAACAAUAGUAAUAACAUGAACAAUAGUAAUAACAUGAACAAUAGUAAUAACAUGAACAAUAGUAAUAACAUGAACAACAAUGUAAACAUGAAUAACACUACAAAUAUGAGCAACUUCUCACCAAUGCAUGAUGUAAAUAACAAAUCCCAUAUUAUGAGGUUAAAUAAUGACAAGUCAAAUAAUUUUAGUGGUACUAUGAACCAGUUGUAUACGAACAAAUCUUACAGGCCUUUAAGUGAAGCUUAUCAGACCAACAGAAAUAUAAAUAUAGUAGGAAACAAUUUUAACCUUGGUAAGGAUAUACAUCCUAGGGAUGUUUCAAUCGUAAAUGAUAACAUGGUAGAAACAAAUAUUACCAGUGCAAUAGACAGUUCGAAAAAUAUGUGUAUUAGUGAAAACAUGAAAUAUUCACUUAAUAGUCGAAAUGACAUCACGAAUUGUAGUAGUAAUAAUAAUGAUAAUAAUAAUAAUAAUGAUAAUACUCUUAAGGGCAAAGAAGAACAGUUAUAUGGAAUUGCGGAAACAUUUUAUGACCAAGUCCAAAUAAAAUUGCCACCUAAUUUAAAUGUAAGUAACAUAUGUGGUUUUGGAUUAGGUCAAAUAGAAUGUCUUAUGGAUAACAAAGAUCUAACAAAAAAUAUUAUUACCCCCUCAUCAUUAAUAAUAGGUGAAGUAUUUAGUAUUUUUAAUACAUUAUGCCUAUUGAAUAUUGAUGAAAAGAUAAGAAUUUUAAAAGAAGUUAUGCAACCAGAAUAUUACAAUUGGCUAGCUUUUUACAUUGUAAAAUCGAGAGCUUCAAAAGAAGUAAACCUACAUAAUGUUUUUUUAGAAUUCAUUGACAAGUUAAGCUACCCAAUGCUUAUAGAUACAAUUAUUAAUAUGACCUAUGAUUGCAUACUAAUAUUAUUUAAACAUGUAAAUGAAUUGAAAGAAGUAAGUGCUUUUAGAACCGUUUUGAAGAAUUUAGGUUCCUGGUUAGGUUUUAUAACAUUAAGUAGAAAUAGACCACUAAAGUCAAAAAUAUUAGAUUUAAAAUUAGUUUUAUUUGAAGCAUAUGAUAAAGGGUGUUUAGUUUGUAUAUUACCAAUGGUGUGCAAAAUUAUGGAAUCUAUAAAAUUAUCAAAAAUUUUUAAACCUCCAAAUCCGUGGACAACAACUAUCUUAUGUCUUUUAACAGAAAUACAUGAACUACCAAAUGUUAAGACGUUCAUAAUAUUUGAAGUAGAGGUUUUAUUUAAAAAUUUAUCAUUAGAAAUAAAUGAAUAUCAAAAUAAAACUGUGUUACUAAGUAACAGAGAUCUACCUCAUAAUAAAAAAAAUGACUAUCUUAUGUCAAGAAACAGUAAUAAUUAUAGCAGUUCACCAGUAAGUAUAGACAUGAAAAACAUUCCUAUAAAGGACAAUUUACCAGUUGUUAAUAAUAAUAUUAGGAGCAGAAUAGAAUAUAGUGUGAAUGAAGAUUCCAAAGUAGAGGAGUUAGAAAAUGAAUCAAAAAAUGUAUCACUAAAUAAUAGAAUAAACGCAGAUAAAAUGAUGCAUUAUGUGACAAGAAAUAAUAAUCAACAGAAUUUAAAUUCAAAUUCAAAUUUGAGAAAUAUAGUAUCUCAGUGGAACCAAAAUAAUACCAACAAAAUCGACCCUCUAAUAAAUGACACAGUGUUGGUUUCUUCCUUUUCUCCUCCUGAUUUGAAUUUAAAUAGUUCGCAUUUUUCCAAAAAAACACCAAAUAAUUUAACUAAUAAAAACAGUAAUAUGAUGAACGAGCAAAAUGUUAAUAACACUAAUUAUAACACUAACAUGAACGUUCCAAGUAUAUUCAAUGACAGCUACCCAACAAAUAACAGAAUUCAUAAUAGUAAAUUCUUACAUAGUUUAAAUAAUGCAGUAAUUAUAUCUCCCUCGAUAGCUUUAUUUCAAAUUCAACCAAGUCUUAAGAGAGUAGUUCCCAUUGCUAUUGAUAGAGCAAUUAGGGAAAUAAUUUCUUCUAUAUUGGAAAGAUCAGUAGCAAUAUCUUGUGUUACAACAAGAGAAAUUAUAUGUAAAGAUUUCUGUUUAGAAAAAGAUGAAAAUAUUAUUCGUAAAGCAUCUCAUAUUAUGAUUGCUUCUUUAGCUGGUUCAUUAGCUUUAGCUACUUGCAAAGAACCGUUACGUAUUUCAUUAACUCAACAUUUAAGACAAUUACUACAACCAACAAGUACUAAAGAUUGUAACGACCAAGUUCUAAUUGAGCAAGUAGUUCAAAUUUUAAGUGCAGAUAAUUUAGAAUUAGGUUGCAGUUUAAUUGAACAAGCAGUUAUAGAGAAAGCGAUAAAAGAUAUUAAUGAAGCAUUAGAACCAUCAUUUUUAGCUAGACAAGUAGCUAAUGAAAAUAGCGUAACAAUUAAUGAUUCCAUAUAUAUCGUUAACACAAAAAAAAUGCAGUUAGAAUUUUGUGAAAUUUUAAAUUUAAAUGCACCAAUAACAAAUACUCAUUUACAGAUAUAUAAAGCUUUUUUAAACAUAGCACCACUAAAAAAAUUGCAUGCUGCUGCUAAAGCGUUAUCUCUAAUUUACAGAAAUGGUAAUGAAACAAACGAAGAGAACCAACCGCAGGAUGCUCAAGCAAAUGUACCAUGUUUCAAUGAAAAUACCCAAAAAAACAGUGAAGAAAAAUUCGACAAUUUAAAAAAUAUGAAUCAGUUACGUUUUAAUGAGCAGCAAAAUAAUGUAGCAAAAAAUGAAAAUAUAAAAUUAAGUAAAAAAAUGAAUGCAGAUUAUAAUAUGAAUGCUAAUAUGAAAAUACAGCAAAAUGUGAAUAAUACAAAAACUAAUAUAGAUGAAAAUAAUAAUCAUUCAAAUGUAUCAGCUACUAUACCAUUAGGAGUUAAUACCCAAUUACAGAAGGUUUUGAAAAAGUUAGAGCUGGCAACGAGUCAAUUAAAAGAAGCUAUUAAGGAUAUUCUUUUAUUACCGCCAAUAUUAUUUAAUAUAAAUAAAGAAAAAACAUAUGAUAAUAUAAAUAAAAUGAGUUUGCAUACUUUAUAUAGUCUUUCUGUUGAUGGAAAUAUAUUCAACCUAAUUAAAUCUAUACCAGAAAUAGCUGCAUUAACACAUCACAAAAAUGAAACUAUUAUUUCAUAUGCAAAUAAAAUAUUUAAAUUCCUUUUGGACAUUACUGCAAAUAGUAAUUAUAAAACACAGGCUAACUGUAGACCUAAUGAUCCCUCAGGCGUUUAUUUGGAAGUAUUUUUAUGUAUACUAGAAAAGUUAAAAAAAAAAUGCCCUUCAUUAAAAGAUCAUUUGUCGAAAUUUAUAAUGCCAUAUAGUGAUUUUUCACCAAAUAUGGAUAUUACAGAAAGUAGUAGCAAUCCCUUUUUGAGUUCGACAUAUUCUAGUAAAGAAGUCAAAUAUGGUAAAGAUAUCGAUUCAGUAACAAAUGCUGAAUUAAAUUAUCCCUCACACGCGAACAGUAGUGUAAAUCCUGAUUAUGUGCAUAGUAACAAUGAAAUUAGAGCAAAAGAUAAUAAUGAGGAAAUGUGUAUUCACAACACAAUUGUUACAGCAGGCUUAAUUAGAUAUAAUUUAGUUGAUAUUGUAAAAUAUAAACAAUAUUUAGAAAAUCUACUAACCAACGAAUCACAUAAUGUUAAUAAUAGUGUAGAAUUUGUUUUAUUACUAUUAAAAUAUAUUUUAAUUGAUUUCAAGCUUUUUAGAUAUAACGAUUUCGAAAAUAUAAUUACCAUUUUAAAUACUAUUAAAGAGAAAAAAUUGCUCGAUAACAAAGCUAUAUAUGUAAACAACUGGGAGCCUAUGAAUAUGGAUUCAGCUAUUGACAAGUUAAUUGAAGAAUCGAAAAAUAUUCAGGAACAAAAAGACGCUGUAAUCUUUUCCGAUUUGAUGAAAUUUUGUGAUGAAAAUUUUAAGAGUGAUGAUAAUGAUGACGAUGAGGAAAAUGAAGAGGAUGAAAUUAAAGAAGACAUAAAAUUGGAGCGAGAAAAAAACUUGGAUAUGAGGAGAUACAAAGAAAUGAUAAAUAAAAAAGAGAAAGAUGAUGAAGAGAAAAGAAACGAACAAGGAUUACAAAUAAACACAAUUUCACAAAGUGAAGAUAACAUGAGUAACAAAGAGGAAGAAAGAGAAAAAGAAAAUACGAUCGAAAUGAAAAAUUCAUCAAUAUAUAAUCCACAAAUGAAUGAAAAAAAAAAAAAAGAAGUAUUAAAUAAAAGCUUGGAAAAUUUGGAAAAUUUUAAAAGAGAACAUAAUGAAUUAAGUAUUGAUAACUCAAUUGACAUAAACCAAGAACAAAAUUAUAAUAAAUUUAUUAACGAAGUUAAGAAUGAUCAUAAUUUUGGACUAUUACAUACAGAACAGAAUAAUGCAUAUAUGAGAGAAAAUGUUCAAAGUAAAUGUAAAAAUGAAAAAAUAGAAUUACUGUUAGAUAUAAGUACAAUUACGAAUGCUAAUACUGUACAUACGAAUAAAAGGAAUUUAAAAAAAGACAAUAUACAACGGGACAAAAAGAAAAAUUAUAAAAAAUAUAUUAAAAGGUUAAUGGAUCCUAAAAAUAUAACUACAUUAACUCAGAUAAUUGAUUUUUGUUUAAAUACAGAUUGGAACAUAUUACAAACAAAGAAAAAUUAUGAUAACUGUUUUAAAGACAAAGGAGUAGGAGGUAUAAGGGCAGUACCAAAACCACAGAAGGUAUCAAAACAACAUGAACAAAUUAUUUUUUUAGUUUUUUUUCAGUGGGUAAAAUUAAGCAAUAUAAGAAAUGUAGAUGUAGCCUUUCAGAAUUAUGUAAAGUUUUUUCAAAAUAUAUUAAAUCAAGGAUUGGUCAAAAUAGAUAACAAUAUUGACAAUUUUUUUACCGUAUGUAUUUAUAAAGCAGUAGAGGGAGCAUGUAAUGUUCUAAACCCAUAUGAGCAAGGGAUUCACAUGGAAAAUAUCCCCUGUGAAUUAGACGAAAUGAAUUUAUCAAAUAACAGUAAUACUAAAAAUUCGAACAAAGGAAAUAGUAGUGAUAUUAUUGAUGAUGAUCAUAAUUCCUUAUUAAUACAUAAACAUAAUGUGCUCAAUGGCACUACAACGAAUAAUAAUUCUCCUAUUAUGCAAAUGGAUGAUAAUAGUAAUCGUAAUAAAGAGAUUAAUGUUGAUAAUGAACAAAAUAAACAUUGCAGUGAAGAGGGGCAACUUCAAAAUUCCUCUAAAAAAAAAAUGAAAAAAAAAAAAGAUACUCAAGAAAAGACACAAGAAAUUAAUGAAAAAAAAAAAAAAAAAAAAAAAAAAAAAAAAAAAAAAAAGGAAAUAAAUGAACAAGAAGAAAAAAAUUAUACAAACAGCAAAAACACACAACAUUCGGAUGAUAACUUUUCUGAUGUAGCUUCCACAAACUUAACUUUUUAUUCGAAUAUAACUAACUAUGAUCAAUCAUUUUCAGAAGACGAAAAAGAUCAUAACUACUCAAUGAAUAAUUACAAUAAUGCAAAUCAAAUGAAAUGUAGAAAAAAUGAAAUGUUGGAAAAGUUAUCCUCAGCUAUAAAUGGGGCAAUGCGGAUUGAUUUUCCAUCUGAUUCAGAAAAAGUAUUUUCAAAGAGUGAAACUCACUUAGAAACCGAAAGGAAUGAUAAUGAUAGUAGUGAGGAACAAACAGUUAUAGGUUUUAAAAAGCAUAGCGAAAAACAGAAAGUGAAAGAGAAAAAAGGGGGGCAUCCUCUGAAGAGCAAAGAGCGGAUACACUCAACAGAUGAAGAAGAAGAAGAAGAUGAAGAAGAAAAAGGGAGAGAAGAAAUUGAGGAUGAUAUGGAAGAUGUGAUGGAAUAUGAAGAAGACGAAGAAGAGGACGAAAUAGAUGAUGAAGAACAUGAAUUAGAAGUUGAUGAAGAAAUUGAAAUAGAAGAUGAGGAUGAAGUUGAGGUUGAAGAAGAGGACGAAAUAGAAUAUGAAGAAGAAGAAGGGGAAUAUGAAGAGAAGGACGAAAUAGAAGAUGAAGAAGAUAAAAUAAUGGACGAUGAAGACGAAACGGAGGAUGCAAUGGAAGAUGAGGAGGAUGAUGCUGAGGAAGACGAUGAAGAGGAUGAGGAAGAAGAGGACGAGGAAGAAGAGGAAGAAGAUUAUGAUGAGUUAGAAGAGGAAGAAGUAGAAGAGGAAGAAGAAGAAGAGGAAGAGGAAGAAGAAGAAGAAGAAGAAGAAGAAGUAGUAGGAGAGGAAGAAGAAGAGGAAGAGGAAGAAGAAGAAGAAGAAGUAGAAGAGGAAGAAGAAAAAGAAGAAGAAGAAAUAGUCCAAAUUGAUGAAAAAAGCGACGAUGACGACGAAAUAGAAGACGAAGAAGACGAAAGGAAAGGUGUACAAUAUACUAGGGGAGGCAGAGAAAAAAAAAAAAAUCACACAAAUUUAGAAAAAAAAUCCGCGUUAAUCGACACCAUGGACACAUCAGCUGUUGACGCCCUAGCAAAAAUGAUUACAUUUAUGAUGAAAUUAGUAGAUGCCCAACAAAUAUCACCAUUUAUAUUGUUUCAAAAGGUAAUGAACGUGUUUUGUAGAAUUGUAGUACACGAAUCAAGAAAGAACAUAUGUAACUUUAACCAAAGGCCGUAUUUCCGAUUAUUUUUAUCCAUAUUAGUUGAAAUAAAUAAAAAUGAGAAAAACUUUGAGCAAUUAUAUAAUAAAUGUAUCUUGGCAUUAGGUUAUUAUUUAUGCAUUUUGAACCCAUUACGUGUACCUGUGUUUGUUUUUGCAUGGUUGGAAUUAAUUAGUCAUAAAUUAUUUUUACCAAAAAUAUUGAAAACAUCAAAGGGGUGGUGUAUAUACAAUAAAAUAUUAAUAUAUUUACUGGAAUUUUUAUUCAUAUUUUUGAAAAAUGCAUAUAUAACAGAAUCGAUUAAAAUAUUAUAUAAGGGGACCUUAAGAACGCUAUUAUUAUUGCUGCAUGAUUUUCCGGAGUUUCUGUGUGUAUAUAAUUUUUCUUUUUGUAAUUCAAUACCUUUAAAUUGUGUGCAAUUAAGAAAUUUAAUUUUGUCUGGUUUUCCAAGAAAUCAGAAAUUACCUCAUCCAUUUUACCCUAACCUAAAAGUAGAUUUAUUGCCAGAAAUGAAAGUAGUACCAGUCAUUUUAAAUAAUUUUACAUAUAUCUUAAUUGAUUAUAAAAUAAAAAAGGACAUAGAUAAUUAUUUCAUAACCAGAAAUAUGAAAUGUUUAAAAAGAAUACACAAAAAAAUUAUUAUUAAAAACAGAAUGAAAGCAUUAUAUUUAAAAACCAAAUACAAUAUAACUUUAAUAAAUGCAUUAGUAUUAUACAUAGGAAUGUCCUUACCAUCUCAAAUAUUAACAAUUGAAAAAGUGGUAGAAUCUCAUCCAUCAUUAGAAAUAAUACUCUAUUUAACAUAUAAAUUAGACAUGGAAGGAAGAUAUUACCUCCUAUCAUCAAUAGCUAACCAUUUGAGAUACCCUAAUGCACAUACACACUAUUUUUCUUGUCUUCUUUUAUGGAUUUUCAGUAUCUCAAAAAUGGAAAUUGUUAAUGAGCAAAUUACAGGAAUAUUAUUAGAACGACUCAUAGUUCAUAGGCCUCACCCAUGGGGGUUAUUAAUUACAUUUAUUGAACUUAUAAAAAAUCCCAUAUUUAAAUUUUGGCAAUGCUCUUUUGUCCAUGUUGCACCGGAGAUAGAAGAUCUCUUUCAAUCAAUAGCGCAUUCAUGCCUGGUUAAUCAGACAGAGCACAUCAAUGCUAUAGGAGGUACUAACAAUACCAGUGGAAAUGUAUUCGGGGGAAGCGCUAACACAGUUAGUGGCGGUAACAAUAACAGCAUUAGUAACAAUAACAGCCUUAGGAACAAUAACAGCAUUAGUAACAAUAACAUUAGUAGUAACAAUAACAUUAGUAGUAACAAUAACAUUAGUAGUAACAAUAACAUUAGUAGUAACAAUAACAUUAGUAGUAACAAUAACAUUAGUAGUAACAAUAACGGUAUUGGUAGCAUUAACAGUGCAAAUGUCGUAUAUGGAAAUGUAGGUUUUACAAAUGACAUAAACAUGGAAAUGUUUGCAAAUAACUCUGUUAAUAACGACAAGAGUAGUAGGAAUGAUUUAAAAAAUAUAACUAAUAUAAAAGAGUCACAGUUUAACAAUUACCCAAAUGUAAAUUAUAACAGUUAUAGUAAUCAUGUCCCAAACAUCUACAACAGAAGUAGUAGCUACAAUUAUAACAACACAAAUAUGAACAACAUUAUGCAUUUAAAGAACUACAGUUCAAACGUCAAUGACACAAACAACAAUAGCACAAACAGUAUCAAUGCAAACGUGUUGAACUCAAAUACUAUAAGCUCAAAUGUUAGUUAUAAUGACUUAAUUAAAAAAAACACAAGUAGCAAUAUCAAUUUAAAUAAUUAUUCUCAAAAAAGCAACACAUCAACCAACACAACAUAUGACCCAUUAAAUGGGCAACAGAAUACUGCAAACAGUUAUUCAAGUUAUAAUGACAAUAAUAUUUCUUAUAUAAAUAAUUAUAAAACAAAUAACAAUAACUUUUUUAAUAAUUUUAUUAUGCCCUCCUCACAAGCAAUGCACAGUAACAGUAAUCAAAAUUAUCAACAUUUUAGUAUGAAUAAUAAUCAUGCGAGCGAUAGAAUAAAUUUGGCACAUGCCACUGCAGAAAACAAAUUUAGCGAUCUAAAGAGAGAAUUUAAAAAUAACAACAACUAUAUGACGAGCGAUAUUGGAAAUAGUAAUAUUGGCAACAGCAUUAUUGGAAAUAACAAUAAUGGAAACAUCAAUAUUGGUCACAAUAAAAAUAUGAAUAUACGUAUGAACACAGGUAUUAAUGCUGUUAGAAACACCUCUGACCAGGAUAUUAACAAUUUAGUCAAUCGGACGAAUUACUAUGAUUUUAAAAAUAAUACCAAUAAUUCUAACAUUGGAGGACACUAA